ACCUGCCCAUUGGCUCGUGUGAUUCACUUUAGCACUUGAGAGCCAGUCUAUCUGAAUUCUGGUAGUAGUGACAGUAUGUCAUGCCAGUCGCUUUUGAGUUCAAGUCAUGCCAACAUUUUUCUCAGUCAAGUCGCUUGGAAAUAAAAAAUGUUGCUCACGCUGAAUUGACUGAGAAAAUUCUGAAUGACCAAGUCCAACUUUGUAUCGAGUUCCCGAAAAUAAUGUAGAAAACCAGGAGUUCGUGGAAUAUUGGUGGAAUACUGAAAGCAAUGCACAGGGAGUUGGGUUCAUUCUCUUGGGUCUAUAUUAGUACAACUCACCACUCAGCAAAGGGUGUCUCCUGUUAGUGUGUCUCUCACGACUCACCAAAGGCACCACCGCUGCUUGGCCAUGGCUUUACCCACAUGGGUUCGCCUUGUGCUGCUACUCCUAGCCGCCAUCCCCCCAUGCCAUGGCCGUCCCCUUUUUGAUGACGACGUCAACAAAAUCAUAGCCACCCAGCCCCUGCUGCCAUCCGUGAUCUCGUGCUCAACCUCCGGCAACUACACCGAUGGAAGCCAGUACCACGUGAAUCUUGAUCGGCUCCUGUCUGCCAUCCCCAUGGCCGCUGCCGAGGACAGUGGCUUCUUCAGCGGCAAAUUUGGCAUGGAGGGCGACGAAGUAUUCGGCCUCUUCAUGUGCUACGCCGGCGACACCGACUCUCAGUGCCAGGACUGCCUCACCAGUGCACCUGCGGCUGUCAUGAAGCUGUGCCCGCACAGCCGGGCGGUUCGCGCCGUCUACAAAGCCUGUACCCUUCGGUACUCUGAUGAGUCUUUCUUCUCCGUAGCCGACCUCGCAGACAUAGCCGAUCUGUCCGAUGCGCCCAACAUGGAAAUGGAACGAUCCUCUUACUAUACUCAGUACGGCGGAGGUGGAGACAGAGGUGGAGACAGUUAUGCAGCUUGGUACCAGGGAGUCGUACCACUCAUAGGCUACGUUGUGGACACGGCCGGCAUGAGCCGCAUGAGGUUCGAGCUUAUUAGCCGGCUCAUGGGGAAGGCAGGCCAAGCGGCCGAGAGGAUCGCCUCGGGCACACAACGGUUCACUAACACCACACAAUGGGUGUGGGCGGUGGCACAGUGUACGAGGGACCUGCCGGCAAGCGAAUGCACACGCUGUCUCUCCUACUACACUGAUCAGCUGCCGCGGUUGUUCCCGAACAACAGUGGCGGCGCCAUCAAGGGGUACAGCUGCUACUUGGGGUACGCCAUCCUUGCCGACAGGCCAUCUACUGUGCGGCUUAACAGGAUCCGGUACAGCGAGAACUAUGAGAAGGACAUGGCGGCCCAGAAGUUGGAGCGCGAGACGGCGAUGGCGAAUGAGGAGUCGAGGCGCAGAAAAAAGCGACGAAGGAUAGCUAUCAUUGUCAGCCUUAUUGUCAUCGCCGUGGCGCUUGUGGUCUGCCUGAUCGGCCUAUUGAUUCGGUUCAUGUGGUACCGGUGGCGAGGCUGGGUGGCAGCAGGCAGGGUUGCCAUGAGACCAUACAUGGAAAAACUGACGAAAGAGGUGGACUACUUCCACGGCAAAAGCAUACGCCAAGAUGAGCUCGAGCAAGGGACUGGGCCAAGACGAUUCAGAUACGACGAGCUCGCAGCUGCCACCAGCGGGUUCUCUCACAGGAACAAGCUGGGAGAAGGAGGCUUUGGAUCUGUUUACCGGGGGUUCCUCCAUGACAUGAACCUUCACAUCGCCGUGAAGAAAGUGUCCAAGAGCUCUCGUCAGGGCUGGAAGGAGUUUGUCUCCGAGGUGAAGAUCAUUAGCCGUCUCCGGCACCGGAACCUCGUGCCGCUUGUUGGAUGGUUCUAUGGCGGCAACGAUGAUGGUCUUCUGCUCGUCUACGAGCUGAUGCCCAAUGGCAGCUUGGACGCUCACCUGUACAACCCGGAACAGCUGCUGCCAUGGGCAAUCAGGUACGAGGUUGCGCUCGGGGUCGGCUCCGCGCUGAUGUACCUGCACCAGGAUACAGAGCAGCGCGUGGUGCACAGGGACGUCAAGCCGAGCAACAUCAUGCUGGACGCGUCCUUCAAUGCCAAGCUCGGUGACUUUGGGCUUGCGAGGUUCAUCUGCCAUGGCCGGGGCUCGUUCACGACGGGUGCAGCUGGGACGCUCGGGUACAUGGACCCAAAGUGCGUGUUUGCGGGCACAGCCAGUGUGGAAUCUGACAUCUACAGCUUUGGUGUCGUCCUGCUCGAGAUGGCCUGCGGUCGGACACCAGCAGUGGCUCUAGACGAUGAUGACGGAGCAGUUAUCCAUCUGUUGCAGUGGGUACGGGAGUCAUACGGCAGAGGGGCCAUCCUGGAGGCAGCCGACACCCGGCUGGAUGGCAAGUUCGACGAGAAAGAGAUGGAGCGUGUCAUGGUGGUCGGGCUCUGGUGCGGGCAUCCCGACCCCAGCCUGAGGCCGUCCAUCAGGCAGGCUGUAAGCGUGCUGCGUUUGGAGGUGCCGCUGCCGAGCCUCCCAGCGGAGAUGCCGGUAGCAACAAACAUGAUGCAGCCAGCAGCUGAUGUAUCUGUUGGUUCUUCGGUGGUCAGUGGCGGGGAUGCCAGCACAACUCAUUCGGUUCGCGGUAAAGUAGAGUAGAUGACUGCUACAUCCCUGAUCUUGGCCUUUAGGAUCGUUUCAGAAAUUUCCAAGUAUUAAUGAAUAUCACUUUGUAUGUACGUAUUUUAUAGUGUAUGCUUGGACCGACUCGAGCUCUAACAAAAUUUGAGCUACUUCAAAA